AUGGUGCAGUCCCACAAGAUUUUAGUCUAUAUCUUCAUGAUAUUAAUGCUAAUUUCAGGCACAGCCAAUACAUUAACAGCCAAAGCAAUGGACAUAGUCCAUUCGGAAGGCUCAAAAUUUGAGCAUCCUUAUUUCCAAACUGCAACUAUGUUCAUGGGCGAAGUAUGAUGCCUAGUAAUCUACUAUAUAAUGCAAUGAAUUAACCGAAAAAAAACAAAAGAAAGCGAAAACAUCCCAAUUUUAUGAACCAAAGACCCACCUCAGAAAGCAGGUCUCUAUAAGAAAAUGGGUCCGUUUAUUUUUAUCAUCCCAGCAUUUUUCGACUUAUUAGGCUCUACUUUUAUCUUUAUCGGACUAGUGCUUUCAGCAGCGUCAGUAUACCAGAUGAUUAGAGGGUUCAUAAUUGUGAUUGUAGCGAUUUAUUCCAUGAUUUUUCUGAAAAGACGAUUAUUUAGGCAUGAAACCACAGGAGUUAUCAUGAUAACCCUUGGUAUCGCUAUAACAGGCCUAGCAAGUGUCCUUUAUAAAGCAAGCACAGCCCAAGACCCAGUACUUGGAAUCAUUAUUUUAAUUGUAGGAGAAGCUCUAUCAGGCGGAAUGUAUGUCAGCGAAGAAUUAUUUUUAAAAAAUGUAAAAGUCGACCCUUUACAUGCUGUAGGGAUUGAAGGACUUUUUGGCUUUAGCCUUUACUUGAUUAUUUUGCCAAUUUUAUAUGCAAUUCCGUGCGAUGAUAGCAAAAUGUGCCAUGAUGGGAAAGUUGAGGAUUUUGUAAAAGCAUUUGAACAAAUUGGGGCCAGCUGAGAAUUAAUGCUGCUUUGGUGGGGGACGAUGAUAAGUAUUGCCUCGUUUAAUUUCACAGGAAUCUCAACAACAAAGCAUGCGAGCUCUUUGGCGAGGUCAACCAUAAGUGCUGCUAGGACAUUUUUGGUAUGGAUUUUCAGUAUCAUUGUGGAGUGGGAAGAAUUUUUGUGGCUUCAACUGAUUGGGUUUAUUUUGCUUGUUUUUGGGACGCUGUUGUAUAAUGAGGUCAUAAUUUUCCCUUGGUUUGGAUUUAAGGAGUCAGUUCAAAAGCAUAAGCUGCAGCUGGAAGAAAGCAAUAAUAAAGUGGAUACGAUAACGACAGAAGAUAUUGAAAAUUUUAGGGACAUUAAAUAUGAUUCAGAUUAA